AGGAGAGGCCAGUCCCAGAAUGGAGAGAUUACUCUCACUCCUGGAAGCCAUAGUUGAGGAACCUCAUCCCUGGGCAUUGGUAACAGAUGGAUGUCCUGCACGGAUUGCUCAAUACAAGGUGGCUGCAGUCAUUACUGAAGAUCUAUGAGUCUUUGCAUCAGUACCAAUGGAGAAGGCCAUUGCCAGUCUUGCCACAGGCAUCUACCCUUUGUCGUGAGGUGACAGAGAUACUUAAAGAUGGUUCUCGGUCCAUGGACCUGAGAGAACUACGUUGGCUCCUGAGAAAACCUGAUUUCCAGGCCUUACUGUCUGCUCACGAUGCUGUGGCUCAGAAAGACUAUGAACCUCUGCUCCCGCCGCUGCCAGAUAAUAUCCCUGAAGAUGAGGAAGCCUUGCGGAUAGUAUGCCUGGUGAAAAACAACCACCCUUUGGGCGCUACAAUCAAACGCCAUGAGGUGACUGGCUCCAUAGUGAUCGCUCGAGUAAUCCGUGGUGGUCUUGCUGACCGCAGUGGGUUGUUAUUCGCUGGGGACAAACUAGUCGAGGUAAAUGGAAUACCAGUAGCGGGGCUUGAUCCUGAGCACAUCAUCAAGCUGCUGAGCAAGUCUGAAGGCAGCAUCAUGUUCAAACUUAUUCCAGCGAACCAUCGACCAGCAAACUCCUCACAAAACAUGAUUUAUGUGAGAGCACUGGUGGACUACAGCCCAAGGUACGAUUCCUCCAUUCCUUGUCCUGAAGCUGGUUUGACCUUCAAAAGAAGAGACAUUCUGCAGAUUGUUGACCAGAAUGAUGCGCACUGGUGGCAGGCCCAGAACAUCACAACCCUUUCGAGAUGCGCAGGUCUAAUUCCUUCAAGCAGCUUGCUCAAAAGGAAGCAAAGGGAGUUCUGGUGGUCCCACUCCUUCCAAAUGCACACUUGCACUAAAUCAGUGAGUACAGUGGAAGAGGAAGAGGACAUAGCAAUUGAUGAGAAAUUUGUUGAAACAGAUGAAGAAACCUUUGAAUCAGAGGAACUCAGAGAAGAGGAUGCUGAGUUCAAUGGAUAUAAACAUGGAUUGUACAUUGCAGGAUUCAGGAAGAGCAUGCGACUCUGCCGCAGGAAAUCAAAGAACAGCCAACUGCAAUGCUCCGCGUGCUCCCCAAGCAACUGCUAUACUAGUACAGUAUCACCCUAUGAGGAGGUGGUGAGAUACCAGCGUGGCCCCACCGAGAAGCACAGGUUGAUUAUCCUUGUGGGACCCUCAGGUGUGGGAGUGAAUGAACUCAGAAGAACACUGAUUGAGACCAACCCACAUCUGUUCCAGAGUCCAGUACCACAUACCACCAGGUCACCAAUCAGCUAUGAGGAAGAUGGUCGGGAAUAUUAUUUUGUUUCCAGGGAAACAUUUGAAGCCAUGGCACUGAGUCACAGGUUUCUGGAGCACGGAGAAUACAAAGGCCACUUUUAUGGCACCAGCAGGGAGGCUGUACGCUUGAUUCUGGAUUCAGGGUUAAUUUGCAUCAUAGACCUCGAACCACAGAGAAUUCCAGAGGCACGAACAAAGGAGCUAAAACCCUUCAUUAUAUACAUCAAACCUCCAAACAUUAGACGUCUCCAGCAGACUCGUGCACAUAGCAGUAUUAUCACCGAGUAUUAUGUCAACAGGUCUUUCAAGGAGGAAGAUUUACAAGAGAUACAGGAUGUAUCUGAGAAGAUGCUGAACUACUUUGGGCAUUUGUUUGACUCUGUGAUUGUGAAUGAUGAGCUUGAGGACACUCGCUUGCAACUACUUUCUGUUGUAAAAGAGGCACAGGCUGGUUCACACUGGGUGCCUGCAGCUUGGCUAAAUUCAGACUCAGGCUCUUAAUUCCUAUAUCAUGAGGCAUCAGAGAUGGGUAACUUGCUUAGUGCGACCUAGACUUGAUAUCCAAUGUAUGCUGUUUGAUGAGAUAGUGUAAUAUGUACACUACACGUAAACCUGAGCUGUACCUUAUCUGGUACAUUAAUAUCUCUGUGUGGAUGAGAUCUGGUCUGUAUCUAACCCAUGCUUUUGUGGGAUUGUUUGAUUGACAUUUACCCUGCAUGAAAUUAACACUGGACCUAGCAGAGAAUAUUUGAUGGGUCUAGUCUAGAUAAGCUUUUCUCUAUAUCUAACUUGUGCUUUUCUGAUCUUGGUUGUUAUUGAUGCCUGCAGGUCAAAUGGAAAACUACAGAGCUGAGCAAUUUUGUUCCAAUGAGCGGCAAAUUUGCUUCAGAAAGGUUAUGUAAAAAAUCUAGGCAUAGCACUCUUUAUGCUGUGAACUAUGUAUACUGGGAGAGGAGUAGCACGUAGAUGUGCAUAAAUAUUUCAUGAUAAAUAAUAAAAGUAAUAAUUGCUUCUCAGGCUUCCAGCCAGGUACAGGUACUGAUUUUAACUGACAUUUUGAUGACAAGCUCUGCCAUCUUCAUCAGGGAUGAUGCCUGGGCAUGUCUAGUCCACUUGUAUAUAUACUCCCAUCAUCCAUCCCUCGAUUGGUUAGUCCUCAUCUAAUCAGGUUUCUGCUGUGGCACCUCCCUUACUAUCAAAUUCCAGUUCUUACUUAGAGUGAGACCUUUGGCUUUAUUAAAAUCCUUUUCCUCUAGUUUUAUUUCAAUUGCUUCCUUCACCAGGUGGUCCCUAAAGCCACUGGCAUGGCACAGUAGUUUUGUGCCAUCAAAGUCAAACCUGUGGCCAUUGCGAAUACAAUGUUCUGCUGCCACUGAUCUCGCUGGGUAACCCAAAUGGAUACACCUCCUGUUUUCCUCCAUGCGUCCCGUCUGGCCAAUGUACACUGCUCUGCAUUCACAGAGAAUCCUGUAAACUCCAGCCGUCCUGAGACCCAGGUCAUCUUUGACUUGCAUAAACUGUGAUUUGAGCUUGUAAAUAAGGUGAGACAGCGGAAACCUGAUUGGAUGAGGACUAACCAAUCAGGAGGGACAGA